AUGCAGGGGCUACCAUUUGAAAUAAUAAAAGAAAUCCUCUCCAGAUUACCUGUUAAGUCUCUCUUGCGAUUCAGGUGCGUCUCCAAAGACUGGUGCUGUGUAAUUAGUGAUCCUUUUUUCAUUUCCCAACACCUCAAUCUAUCAUCUGAGUACAAAAUAGGUCUCUGCCUCACUAAUGGCCGUCUCUUUACUAUAACUUUUGAUGGGUUAUCAUCUACUGCAACAAUGGUUGAUAUUCCGUUUAAGGGUCUGGAGGAUAGUGUUGAAAUCUUGGGUUCUUGUAAUGGAUUGUUAUGUUUAUUUGUUUCUAAGCGUUUAUCUUCCUGGUUUCGUCACAUUAGCCCUAUAUAUUUGUGGAAUCCCGCUAUAAGUGAAUACAAGAAGCUUCCUGAUGCUCCAAUUGGGUCCCCAAGAAUUUGGGGAAUUAAUAAUACUGUGUUAGGGUUUGGUUAUGAUCCCAUUAAUAAUGAAUACAAAGUUGUAAGAAUUAUUUACUUCUGCGAGAGAGGAACUGAUCGCCUUAUUUAUAAGUCUGAUGUAAGGGUGUAUUCCCUGGGGACUGGGAAAUGGAAGAAACUAGGAGAUGCCCCUUUUGACAGCAGGGACUGUUCUUCAUCAAAGGUUGUAGUGAAUGGAUAUAUUCAUUGGCUAGCAACCCGGGAGAUCAAAUCAGUAAUUUCAGAGUUCAUAAUAUCUUUUGAUGUGCGAAAUGAGGUGUUUGAAGAGAUACAACAUCCUGAUUGUGGAGAAGGAGAUGAAACGCAUUGCAAUUUUGUUGCAUUUCUGGGAGGAUGUCUAUCUUUGGUUGGGUGCAUAUUUGGUAGAUGUGUUGAGAUAUGGGUAAUGAAGGAUUCUGGUGUGAAUGAGUCUUGGACUAAAUAGUUCACCAUUGAAUGGUCAUAUGGGUAUGGAGUCCCUACAGAAAUUUUGAAGAGUGGUGAGAUUCUAAAUAAGAAGGAUUCCCAAAAGCUGGUUUUGUAUAACCUUGAAAGCAAAGAGGAGAGAGACCUUGGAAUUUAUGGGCUUCCAAAUCAGUUUAACUUGUUUAUAUUCAUGGAGAGUCUUGUUCCACUUUCUGUUGGAAGUAGACAUGAGGAGCAUCAAUAGG